AUGGCCAACAAGCUCGAAGAUAUCAAGAUCGCUCCAGAUUCAAUUGUCCAUCACCCCGAGUCGGGGACCUACGAGCCUGAUGACUGGCAAUCCGAGACCACUUCGAUCGCAACCGAUUUAUACAAGGGUUUCAUGGAAAACGGGAGGCGGUAUCAAACGCUCAGAAGCUCCGAAUACUUUAGCCCUGCCGAUGAACAACAAUUCGAGACCUACGAGAUGGGUCAUCUCGCUGCCCUGCUCAUGAACUCCGAGAGAGCAAAUCCAUUGUAUUGUGCGCCAGUCCAGAAUCCAAGGCACGUGCUCGACAUCGGCACUGGACAAGGCGCGUGGGCUAUUGACAUUGCUGAUAUGUUUCCUAACGCUGUUGUUCGGGGCGUCGAUCUCUUUCCCCCGCCAAAUAGUUGGAUCCCGCCAAAUUGUCUAUUUGAGGUGGACGACGUGUUGCAACGAUGGACUUGGCGUGAGAAAUUUGAUCUGAUCCACCUGCGCCAUGGCAUUGGAGCGUUUACCCCCGACGAAUGGGAAUACCUAUAUAAGCAAUGCUACGACAACCUUGAGCCUGGCGGCUGGUUUGAGCAAAUUGAGAUGGAUAUCCGCUGCGAGUGUGAUGACGAAAGUAUUCCGCCGGAGAGCGUAUUGCUCACUUGGGGACCUCGUUUCUUUGCGGCUGGUGAAAAGCUUGGGAAGCCGCUCGAUAUUACGAAAACAAUGCGUUCAUUCAUUGAAACUGCUGGCUUUGUUGACAUCCACGAAGAGACCAAAAAGUGGCCGAUUGGCCCCUGGCCACGAGAUAAGUCGUUAAAGGCUGCUGGUAUGGUGAAUAUCCAGCACUGGCUGGCUGGAAUGGAGGGAUAUUCAAUGUACUUGCUCACGAAGUACGGAGACCCAACGCCGUGGUCCAAGGAUGAAGUCCUGGUAUAUGUUGCUCAGAUGCGCAAGGCAUUGAAGAACCCUCGGAUCCAUGCCUAUCAGCGCGCGAAAAGGAUUUGGGCUAGAAAACCAUCAUCAGAUGGGUUUCCUUGUGAAGACCAUUCUUAG